UCAACACAACUGGUACAUUCAACAGAAGGAAUUAUAACGGAAAUAUUUGAUGAAAGCAACACCUGCCACAGUGGUGUGUAUGUUCGUAGGUGUCCACAGCGCAUUUCUGUGUGCUUUAGUGUUAAUGUCAGAGAAACUUUGCAGAAGCGCGCGAGAAAGCACAUUUGCAUGUGCAAAUAUAUAAAUCCUUUACGCGUCCGUUUAACUAAUAAAUCGUGUCUUCCGUGAAUCCACCGAAAGCUGUUCAUUUGCUAUUGAAAAAUACAUCGCUUCUUUGUCGUCUCACCUAUUAAUGUAUGCCUUCCGAUCCGAUGGAUGAUAAGCGAGCGAUUGGGAACAUGAGUAAACGGCGAAAACCUUCAUUUGAUUAUGUAGCGACCAAACGUUGGAGUAAAACGCCUCGCCAGCUGCCACUCGCCAGCGCAAGAACGACUGAUAUUAUCAUGUCACUCGUGAUAGCCUCUCUGGUCGUCAUCGUUAUAACCAGAACAGCAUUGCCGAUUGCAUAGCACAUGGCAAUCCUCCGCCGAAUUUCGAAUGGCUGCACAAAGACAAUAAUCCCAUCACCUCGAUAUCAAAGCUGUACAUAAAUCAACGUUACGAACCGCAAGUGCAAAAUCCAGGAGGUUUUAUUGGUAGCAAUGUGUUAAUUAAAUGGAAUAUACCUUCGAUUGUUAAGGAGUAUGUAACGAUGAGAAAAAUCAUAUGCUACUGACCGGCGUACAACAUCACUCGCACCGAUGCGCACAAAGUUUUUCGCUGCCGCACCCAUCACAAGCUGACGCAGGACACCGUUGUGAGCAGCAAUAUGGGCAAAAUUCAAUUGACUGAAAUGCGAGAACUCGUGCCGCCCAUUAUGAACGAGAAGGCCACAAGCGUUGUAGCACGUCUGGGCGAUCCCAUUGUUGUGCCAUGCGCAAACCCGAAGCCUGUCUAUCGAGGUGGCACCGCAACUAAUUUACAAAUUCAUCGAGCAAAACAUACAACCAGGACCGUCAGUUUCGCUGAAGUGCAGCGCCAGUGGCAAUCCAACACCGAAAAUUGGCUGGCACUAGGAUGGAUUUCCGCUACCAAAUGUAUGCCAUAUGUGCGCAUGAUGCCGAAACUACCUGCAGUGGCGGGAAAGACCUUUUUUCUCAAAUGCCCUGUGGCAGGAUAUCCAAUCGACAGCAUCAUCAUAUACAAAGAUGGCGUCAGAUUACCAACGAUUAUAUGAUAGCGUGUUCAGAACGACACCCUACGCAUCGAGAAUGUGCAACACACCGCCGAUCAGGGAACCUACAAUUGCAUAGCCCGCAACAAGCACAACUACAUGGCGCAACGGACGGUGGAGGUGAAAGUUUUGUGUGAGUUAAAGUUGAAGUUGAGGUUGCAGUUACGGCGGCGAAAUUUUGUUGAUAACAUUGGCAGUGGUGUUUCGAUUUUCUGCCCUUGUUGAGUGGCUGUAAAUUCGGGAAUUUCACCAGACUAAUUUUAA